UGAGCUGAGAAAGCACUCAGAGAAUGAGUUUACAUCUGUUCAUCAGAUUAAAUUUAAGUGUCAACACCGAACAGGAUUAGCUGUAUGUGAUAGCAUGCAAGAAUAUGUUUUAUAAUGUAUUGACUUAUUUUUUAUUUGGAAAAUGCACUAAGGGAAAAUAAAAACAAAUAGUUGUUAAAUGAUAAAACGAAAUUAUUAGCUACAAAUUCAAGGCAAAAUAUAUACAAAUUGUAUGUUCUGGAUAAAAUGAACUUACCUUUUACAGCGUGGUGACUUGUAUUGCUCAUAACUGCUAAUUUUGGAUGUUAAAAUGCAGUACCUUAUUAUACCUUAUUGCAAAAUACAUGCAACUAGGCUAUUGAAGUAAAGCAGGACGACUCUAGCAAUGGGCUGUUUAAAAUGAUCUCUAUCUACCCUGCUGUCUUUACAAUAUGACAUUUAGGAAAAGGUGUAGGUUUAAAUUAUGCAGGCUACCGUUUCUUUUUUUCUGGUUACUGUUAGGAUUUUUUCUCAUGAUAGUGACACACCUGGACCCUCUUUUUGGGGAGUUUAAGGAACCAGCCGCUGCCUGGCAUGAGCGCGUGGUGGGUCAGCCAGACUUCGAGGAAAUUCUGGAGGCGCGAGACCAGCUUGAAAUGGACGGACUCUCCCCUUUAAAGAAGUCUUUCAAAGAGGACCAGCUGAUAAUCGUCCCUUCGAAAUUUAAAAGGAAAGCAAAUGAUGUUAAGAAGGGGAAUUACAAAUUUGUGAAACCUGGCAGUGGUAAGAAAGGUGAAAAGAGUACUGCUGUACUCGGCGACCUGGGAAAACCAGUUCAUCUUAAACUGGACGGGUUUGAAAAGGAUACAGAAGAGUCUGGACUGGCAAAGCACGGGUUUAAUGAAGCUGUCAGUGAGCGAAUCUCUCUGCAUAGGAGGCUCCCAGAGGUACGCCAUCCUUUAUGUCUGCAUCAGCAGUACAACAGAAAGUUGCCCACUGCCAGUGUCAUCAUCUGCUUUCAUAAUGAGGCCUGGUCCACCCUCCUGAGAACCAUACACAGUGUUCUGGACACAGCACCCAAAAAUCUUCUGAAGGAAGUCAUCCUUGUGGACGACCUCAGCCAACAAGGACAUCUGAAGACCGCUCUCAGUGAGUACAUUUCCAGACUGGAUGGUGUGAAAUUGAUCCGGAGCAAUAAGCGCUUGGGGGUUAUUGGUGGACGCUUGCUUGGAGCUGCACGAGCGUCUGGGGACGUGCUUGUCUUCAUGGACUCGCACUGUGAGUGUCACAAGGGUUGGCUGGAGCCGCUGCUGGACAGAAUUGCGGGGGACAGAAGCCGGGUUGUGUCUCCAGUUUUAGAUGUCAUUGACUGGAAGACGUUUCAGUAUUACCACUCGGUUGACCCACAGAGAGGAGUCUUUGACUGGAAGCUGGAUUUCCACUGGGAGCCGGUCCCCAAGUAUGAGAAGAAGCAGCACGGCUCCCUGGUCAGCCCAGUCAGGAGCCCCGCUUUGCCAGGGGGAGUGCUGGCUGUGGAGAGACAUUACUUCCAGAACAUUGGUGCCUAUGAUCCUGGCAUGUCUAUAUGGGGGGUGGAGAAUAUGGAGCUGUCAAUCAGGGUGUGGUUGUGUGGCGGGUCCCUGGAGAUCCUGCCCUGUUCCCGGGUUGGGCACCUGUACCACCAUCGUGUUCCGUACUCUCUACCCGAUGAGGAGACUGUCGUGAAGAACAAGAUCAGAGUGGCCGAGACUUGGCUUGACUCCUUUAAGAACAUCUUCUACAAGCGGGACAUGGCUGCAUACCUAAUAGGCAAGGCUGAGGCACCCAACUGUACAGAAAGGGUACAACUGAGCAGAAGACUCGGGUGCAAAAACUUUCACUGGUUCCUGUCAAACAUCCACCCAGAACUCUACAUACCAGAGGACAGACGAGGAUUCUCUGGGGAGCUGUACAAUGUUGGCACUGGCUAUUGUGCAGAUUACAAGACCAGGUGGGGUGCUGCUGGAGAUCCUGUCCAGCUUUCUCCUUGCAGUGGUAACGGCAAUCAGCACUCCGAAUACAACAGUAUGAAGGAAAUCCGGUUUGGCUCCGGAGGGCAGUUCUGUUUUGAUGUCAGACAGGAGCAGGUGAUUGUGUCUGAAUGCACCUUACAAGAACAACCCCACUUCAGACAGCAAUGGGAAGUACGACAGCAGAGUGGUGGAAUUGCCCAUAUCCUAACUGCAAAAUGCAUAGAAGCUGUGAAAAGUGGAGCAAGUUUGGGCCUGUUUCUGCGACCAUGCAGUCCAGUUGCAAGGCAACAGUGGCAUUUUGAGCAGCUGAUAGUCAUGAACGAGGGGUGAUACUCUGCCCUACUAGCAGUGUGAUGCAUGAAGCGUUUUGAGCUGUGGAGUGGGAUAUGCAGACAAACGUUGCAGAAAGGAUGAUUAACUGUGGGUAAAAUGCAAUCCUACUCAAAAGCGAAACCAAUGAUUUAUGCAUGUCCAAGAUGCCUUAGCCUACAUUUUGUAUUAAAAUGCUGGUUAUUGAAUAUUUAUGUAAAAAAAAAAAAAAAGUAAUGCGUUACAGUUUUACAUUUCUUUCUGUAAUGGUUCUGAUUUAGAGGUUUUAUCCUCUACUGUAGUCAUUAAACAAUAAGCACUUGUAACAGGAGGUUCUGUAGGUUUCUGGAGGGAAUUACUUAUUGGUGGCACCCUUUAUGUGAUAGAAACUGUGGUUGCAAGUGUCUUGGCUUCCUGACCCUGAAUUAGCUGCAGUAGUAAUCUAGCAGUUCUGGGAGUUUAGAGUAUGUUGGAAUACAACUUGCUUACCAGAAGGACAUACAUGGCAACAGUGUGACCUACAAACAGGAAAGAGACGUAGAAAAAGUCUGUCCAAAAAUAAAGGCUUCUGUGUGAAUGAGAUCACAGGCACGCCAAGUGCAUUGAAAGAUAGGGAUUAUGAUCUUGAAAAGAUGCCCUUUUUCUGGGAACUUUUUGAAGUUGUAAUAUUAGUCGUUGUAUUGCUUUACUUGGGCAAGACCAAAGAGGAUAGAGACAGUAAAAUAAAAAAUAUAUAAAAAGAUACACUGCUGAGUCUGAAGCAUCAGUAAAGACUUUAGAGUCUAACUAUUAAUGACAAAAAAAACAUGUUUAGUGGUUUAUAGAGACACGCUAUUAAAAAUAAGGGAUAUUUAGGGAUUGUGACAUCGAUUGUAUUUAAAUGAUUCUAUUCUAUCAUUCUGACUUUGACAGUCCUAACUGUCAAUGCAAAAGAUUUUGUCAGGUGAUUGUAACCACUAUGUUUUUUGUUUUAAGGCAUGCAUAGUAAUCUAGUGCCAGUAUACACUGUGUUAUGUACAGUAGAUGUACAGUAUUUAAUUCAAUUGAUUGUUUUUAUUUUUAAUCAAAUAAUAAAACAAAUUAUGAAAUGUUAA